ACAAUUAUUUAUAUUUAUUCAUUGAAAAAGGAGAAUAAAAAAGGUUCGUGUUUUUACGUCUACUUCAUAUAAUAAAUAUGAAGUAGACGUUAAAAUGUUUAAUAAACGUUUUUGUACUUUACAAAAACGGAUCAGCUAAAUAUUUUUCAAACGUUUAUUAAAUAGUCUGCUUGAAUUUUAACGAGAUUCAUACUUCAAAGUUGAACAUGUCCUUUGUAGUUUUAAAUCGUUAUAUAAAAGCAAUCUUUUUGCUUAUUUUCAGGUUGAUAAAAAUUAAGCUUUCACCUUAUAUGUAUAGUUAUGUAGCAGAUAAAUUUUACAUUAUAACGCUUUUUUCUAAUAAUAUAUUAUACUAUGUAUUAGAACUGUAUUAUACUAAAAUUAAAUCACUAAGUUUCUUAAGGCAUUAUAUAUAAUUUUAAGUAUAUAUUUUUAUGCUAAUGCUCAUUUUCAGCGUCAAAAGAUGUCAUGUGAUCAAAAAUUGACAAAUUAGUAUCUUUAUUUUCAGUCACACAAUGUUUUUUUGACGUUGAAAAUGAGCGUCGAGCAUCAGCGUGAAAAGUUACCUCAAUUUUUAUAAUUUUUGAAACAAAAUCAAAACUAAUCGAAUUAUGUGAGCCAAUCGAUUCAAUAAAACAAUAGACAAUCAAACUGCGCACGCUAUUUCGUUCACCUCUCGUUGCUCCCAUACUCCAACCUCACCAGUAACACCCUUGCACGGAAAAUGUAUCGAACGUUGAACAGUAUCUCAAUCACGGCGAAUGACAAUAUGAUAACGUGACAACCUAUAGAAGAGAUCACCCAGAAGAACACUCCAGAGAAGAGAGAAUGUCGUCCGUUAAUAGAGACUAUUUUUACGAAAACUAUUACGAUUACGUUCAACUUCGCACGUUCGGCAACUAUACCGAUGCCUCCAUCACGCAUCUUCACUGGAACUCGCUGACUCGCCUCGUCCUGACAAUCCUGCUGCGCAUCGGCUUUGUCCUCGUCCAGGUCGGCGGCGUGCCGGUCAACAACGUCAAUCUGAUACUCCUUCAGAACGUAGUUGAUUUGUGCUGCGUUACCGUCAUGUACUUCCUGACGGGUUUCCUAGUCGCCUACAAUGGCGACGUCGCCGGUUUGAUCGGCGCGGGCCACUGGAUCGGUGAUCCAACGAUCGACAAGAACGAGGCGAUCGUAGGUUGGCAAGCAGUGGCAAUCGCGUCGGCGAUCUGCACCACCGCUGUCGUAGGUAGGAUGCACGCGGCUGGAUAUCUGCUGGUAGGUGUCCUCUUGUCGGGCCUGAUUCAGCCGUUGAUUAUACACUGGGCGUGGAUGGGAUGGAUGGCAGAGAAUGAACUAGGUGAAAGGUCGGUGGCCUUUAAAGACGAAGCUGGAGCAGGAGUGAUCCAUGUCGUCGGGGGACUCUCCGGCCUGAUCGGGUGCAUCGUUCUCGGCAGAAGAAUGUUCAAAUUGAGGGAUUUGGAUGACGCGAGUAUCACCCCUGGUUCCGCCGGAACCGUUUUUGGGGGUCUACUAUUGAUCCUCGCGGGGCUUCAAGGUUUGUGCACGAGCACGCACGACCACGGCAAGUAUCGAAUGUUCACGACACGGGAUCCGUCGCACGCGUACGUCAACAAUUUGCUGGCCGCGUCCUCGUGCACAUUGAUAACCGUGGCUCUGCACUUCGUCCUCGGCCGUGAGACCUUCAAUCAUUGGACGCUAAUGAGAUGCGUUCAGGGAACGAUCGUCGGCGUGGUAAUGGUCUCGGCCGCACCGAAUGAUUAUUCGCCGCAAAUAGCUAUCGCAUUGGGUUGCCUGGGAGGCAUCGUGUUUCAUCUCAUCUCCACGUGGAUUUUCCGCAGCGCUCUAGAGGAUUAUUGCAACGUUGUAGCCGUGCAUCUCGUUAGCGCAAUCCUCGGGAGUGUUCUUGCCCCCUUCGGCGCCGCGAACACCGGAGAGGAUACUGUGACGAUAUUAUUGAGUUUCUCCUGGCAAUUAAUCUGUUUGGCUACAUUGCUGGCUUUAGUAGGCGCAGCAAUGUUGCUAAUCUUCGGUAUGCUGGAGUGCUGUGGUAUACUCCGUAAUAGGUCGGAAUGCCUAAAUCACGCACGAGCUAAUGCUGCCAUCGACAGAGGCCCAUCAAGAUCGUUUCUGCAAAGAUUCUUCUCUCCUGAUAGUGGUUGUUUUUACCUGCAGCCGAGCUCGACCUCUAACACGGAACGUCAUCCAUACGUUGAUUCCAGAUUUUUCAAAUAUCAAGAAGAGAUAAAUAAGGUUGAAGAAGGAAGAUCUACCGCCAUGAGUAAGCCAGACAUGAACGUUGGAAUUGAAGAUAAGAAAAUUCAAACGUCAGGAACAAGAGUAAAGAAAGCGAGGCAAGUGCAUACUUUAUCUGGGAGUACUCCGAUGAUGAUAGAAGAUCAAGGUGGCACUGGUGAGCCGAUUAAUCUUCUGGAAAUUGGAAGGAAAAGAUUUCUUGGAAAAGAGAUAAAAUGUGCUCUAGAUCCUAUCGAAGAAAUUGAUGAGGAGAUUUCGAAAGAAUUUGAAGUCGAAGAAAAUAGCAUUCAAUCUGGUAUCGACGGGUGUAAUGCUAACAAAAAUCCAAUCGCGACAAAAUAUUUUAACUCAUCUGGAGAUCAAAGGGACUUGAACGAAUCGAAAUAUGAGCUUCGAAGAACUACAAAAUUGAUAAAUUUACAUCACGAAUUUAUUAAGGAAGAUUUGAAAGUUGUAUUGGGACCAAAACGCCUGGAUUCUUCAUCCAGCGAUUCGUGCGAUGAUGACACUUUCUUUGCAAAGACGUCAGAUGUGAACGAAUCCAUGAAAGAGUUUGCAGUAAACAAUGACUCGUUGAUCUACAGCGCAAAUAUAUAAUAAGUAACUGCGUUCCUUGCUGCCAUAAGGAAAAAUUUGAUUCAAGCACGUAGAGAUUAUUAGGAAUUUGAAAAUAGUGAAGUUAAUAGAACAGCUAUAUCAAUAUCUUGGAACUGGAAUAAUUCGAGAUAUUAUGCAACUCUAAAGAGGAAAAAGACUAUUGCUGAUGCAUCGUUACAAAUUAUUUUAAUGUAAUCAGUCUAAAAUUGUUUCAGUUCCAGGAUGUUGAUAUAAAAUAGCAUAAAAGUACCUGAAAUAAAGAGAAUUGAAUGUAUAAUACAAAAGUAUUGUAAAUAAAACUUGUAAAAUUAAAGUUAAGAAAGACAUAA